CGUCUACCAGUUUCACUUCCCAACAAACACCCCCCUCCAUAUACAACGGUCAUCACUUGUUUCUUUCCCUCUCCCCAAACCUUCCGUACUCUCGUUCCACUUCAAAUUCACCCAAACACACCUAGGGUUUCCGAUCAAAUCACACACAUGCUACACAUAAUGCCGAGUAUCACUCACGAUAACCGCAAUCCAAAGCUCCUGUUUCACAACUCACUCAUUCUUCGAGGCCUAUCCUGUUCCUAUCAGUAUCACAAGCUUCCUAAAACUCGCCUCAAGCUCUCUGUUCUCAAACUGGACGGUUCUUCGUUCGGAGUUGAGGUUCCGAUGAGUGCUACUGUUGCAGAGCUUAAACUGGCGUUAGAAGAGUUUUUUAACUUGUUGCCGAAGGAUGAGAGAUGCGUUAUUUCAUGGUCACAUGUUUGGGGUCAUUUUUGUCUGUGCUACGAAGGCGAGAAGCUGCUUGAUGAUAAAGCUUAUAUCAAAAGACUUGGAAUUAAGGAUGGCGAUCAGAUUAAAUUUGUACGGCACAUUACAAUCAACUAUCGAGCAGGAAGGCAACAAAUCAAGAACCAAAGCGAUGAACCGAAACAUUGUUCAAUGUCAAAAGAUCAUGAAGACGGAGAAUCAGGUGAUGCCAAUAAUUGGGAUUCUGUUAAAGUUCAAGAGACCAAUAUAUAUGAGUGCCAAUGUGAAGAAGAUGAAUCCGGCUUCAUGCCUGGCUCGAAAUUGACCAACUUCUUGAGAGGGUGGUUUUCAUACCGAAAAUUUCGUAAUGGUAUGGUAUGAUAGAUGAUCCAAAAGAGUAUAUUUGCAUCUUAAACACAAAUUUUUGGCCACUAUUAACUUGAGAUAGCUCAAUUAAAAGCUGUUCUUAGUGUAACCUCCCUUAGUAGAGAGAACAACUUUUUUACCCAAGACUAUGAUGCUAACUUCACUUCAGUCGUUAUGGAUAUUAGUAGCCCUUUAACUUUUACAAUAUUAAUUUC